UAAACAUAUUCGAUUUCAAAGUACACCCACAAAUCAAGCAUCUCACAUAAAUUUGUACACACUAUUCCUUCACUAAUAUUAUUCCCUUUGAUAUUUGAUACCUUCCACAACAAUGGCAGAGACCGAUCAAGGAAGACCUUUAGCCCCAGUUAGAGUCCAUCCAAGAAGUGAUGAUGAAGAAAAAGCUCUUAAAACCAUGAACCGUAGAAGAAAAAUCAAGUUAUGUGGUUGUGUAACUGCAAUUUUGCUACUACUUUUAGUCAUAGUAAUUGUUAUCUUAGCAUUCACGGUUUUUAAGGUUAAAGAUCCAAAAGUAACAACUAAUGAGAUUCAACUCACAAACUUUGGCGUCAACCUUGUUCAAAUUCCAACACCUCAAGUUAAGAUCAACAUGACCAUGGUAGUGAACAUGUCUAUUAAGAAUGAUAAUAUAGCAUCCAUUAAGCUAGGAAACAGCACAACAACAGUGUAUUACCGCGGUAUAACGGUCGCGGACGCGGUAAUACCACCGGGACUUGUGAAGGCAAAGAAGACAACAAGGUUGAAUGUUACGAUCGAAGUUAUGGCGGACCGCCUUGUUUCUAGUCCGAAUUUUGGGGGAUGUGGUUCAAGGGGAGAUGGUGAUGAAUACUUACUCCAUAAUUCCGGGGAGAGUGAAGAUUUUGUUUAUUAAGAAACAUGUUGAGAUGAAGAUGAAUUGUACUAUGACGAUUAAUAUUUCAAAGAGAGGAAUUGAGAACAUGACAUGCACACAUAAGGUGAAACUUUAGAGAUGGAAUUUGAAUUUUCUUGUUUUUGUUGGGUUGUCCUUCUUUUUGGGACCUUAUGGUAGAAUUCUUUAUUUUAUAUUUUUUAAGAGAUUCUUAACCAUAUAUAAUUAUACCUAUAGGUUUAUUUGUGUGUGUGAAAUAACGAUGGCAGAGUGUGUAGAUUAUCUUGGUCAAACUUCUGCACCCAAUUUAUACGAUUUUAACAUAGUAUAGAAGUAUAUUUAGUUGAUUUUUAUUUUUUACUUA